AUGGCUCUCCGAAUUGCCUGGAUUGGCCUCGGCAACAUGGGUCGGGGCAUGGCCAGGAACCUCGCUACACAGGGUCCCCUCGACACCCCAUUGGCAGUCUUCAACCGCACGACCUCACGCGCAGAGACCUUCGCCUCAGCAAAUCCCAACAUCAAAGUCGCCUCCAACUUAGAUGAUGCUAUCACCAGCUCAGACAUCAUCUUCACCUGUCUAAGUGACGACCAUGCCCUCCGCGAAACCAUCACUGAAUCCCUCCCAAACGCCAAGAAUAAGCUCUUCGUCGACUGUUCAACCGUCCACCCAGACACCACCACCGAAAUCGCAACCACUCUCUCAGCUCAUGGUGCCUCCUUCGUCGCUAGUCCCGUCUUCGGCGCCCCUGCCAUGGCAGAAGCAGGCCCCAGCUCAUCCAUUGACCGCCUGAAGCCCUACACGACAGGCGUGAUAUCGAAAGCGAACAUCGAGUUCCGCGAUAAAGAAGUUUGCAAGGCCUCCCAGCUUAAGGUUCCGGGAAAUACCUUUGUGUUGAAUAUGGUGCAGACGAUUGCGGAGGGUAUGGUUGUUGCAGAGAAGUCGGGACUGGGAACUGAAGCGCUGCAGCAGUUUAUCGAGGCAGUUUUCCCUGGUGCUUAUGAUGCUUAUGCGGGAAGAAUGCGCAGUGGUGAUUAUUUUGAGCGCGCUGAGCCGCUUUUUGCGGUUGAUCUUGUGAGAAAGGAUGCACGCCAUGCGAUGGAUAUGGCGGCGAGUGUCGGUGCUACUAUGCGUGGUGUACAGUCUGCGGAUGCUUAUUUGGCUGAUGUUAAAGCCGAGAUGGGUGUCCGGGGUGAUAUUACUGGGAUUUAUGGGGCUGUGAGACAGAAUUCUGGGUUACCUUUCAAGAACUAG